UCCACGAUUCAAGGGAGUCACUUGUUUUGAUUAUCCGGAUUUUCCACGUCCACAGUUAUCGUGUUUCAAGUCAACCAUCAUAAAGUUUUAGCAAUGGACGGAACCUCCAGUGAUGUAUGCGAUGCCAUUGAAAAGGACGAUUUUUUCAAGAUAUUUCUGGAAAACCAACAGGAUGCGCAGCAGAAGCUGCUAACUACUAUGACUAUCACGGACCAAAUUUCAAGACUUUCUGCAGGCUUGGAACAAAUUUCCACCCAUCUUCAAAGUCAAGUACGUGGACAGUACGGUGCGCUCCUAUCGCAAGCCAAUCAUGCCGGACGGCUAAACGCUGCAAUCGGAUCUAUUUCCGGUCACAUUGAAUCCCUUCAAAGCAGCGCCGAAAGAUUGAAGAAACAAGUGGGCGUUCCGUACGAACAGCUUGAAUUGCAAACCAAAAUUCUGGGCCGUUUGCAUGAAGCUUCUCAUUUGCUGAGGCAAAGCGCUAGGUUUCUACAGAUAUUCAAAGGAUUGGAUAGGGCUAGCGAACUUCCGGAUCAAGCGGCUAUCAUAUACGAAUUGGAAUCGCUAAUGGAAGAUGCCAAUUUGGUCCGAAUUGAGUGUCUCAAAGAAGAGAUUGCAACCGUUAAAUCAACUAAAGCUCGGCUCAUACAGAUUGCCAAUCGAGAUCUUUUUAAAAAUAUUCAAAAAGAAAAGGAAACAGAAACUACGGAUUGCUUGAGAAUUUUUCUUAAUUUGAAUAUUUUACCAAAAUGCUUGGAAAAUAUUUUAGAAACAUACGAACGAUAUAUUAAAGAUUCUCUUAAAGAAUGUUUCACAGCUGCAGAUUCCGGGGGUUCACGCAAAUCAGAUUCUUUGAGUAAGGAUCGUUCCGAUAAAACCCAAAUUAAAGGUCCUGGUAAGGCUCCAACAUUAACUAGCUCCACAACAUUCCGAAUUAAACUAUGGCAGUCGAUGGAAUGGUUUUUCGUGGAAGAUCUUUUUAGUCACUGUCAACAGAUUACUUUUUUGCAAUGUUGUUUGUCAAGAAUAGCGUUGAACGAUGAGCCCAGCAGCAAAACAGCUAACUCUAUAAACAAACUUUUCUGGAAGCAAGUGGAAAAACAGUUGACCGAUUCAUUUAGAAAUGCUCAACCGCAUGUUCAACAGGCACUGCAGCAGGGACUUCCAAAAUUGUUGUCACUGGCCCGUGGAUUGGAAAGUAAAACGGAAAAUGGAUUUCUCUUUGACGAAAAGGUGUUUCAAACUCUUGAAGCCGGUUAUCUAGAAAAAUGUGCUAACAAUUUGAAAACUGUAUUGGUGAAUAUCGACUUUCCCAACCAGGACAUCAUUGAUUCAAUUGUUCGUGUAGCAUCGGCUGAACUUAACUCGGCAAUCGUAGAUGAACGGCUUACGAACCAAGUUGUCGACGUCAUUUGUGUUUCCAAUAAGGAUCUUUGGAAUCGUAUUGAACGAAAUGUUAAAUUAGGUGGCGAUACUCAACAAGUACUUGAUAACCCAAAUGCUUCGCAGUCGCAGAAUAUUACUUUGGCAAACAUCAUUCGCUACCAUCAUGAAGCCAUUAAUCGUUUGCUCCAGAACUUGGGUCCAAAAUUUUCAACUUCUCAAUCUGCUCAGAAACUCAGAGAAAGUCUUAUGGAUGGCCGAACUAUAACGCUAGCAAUUAUGCAGCAACUGGUUUCUUCGAUUCAUUCUGCAGUCAAUAUAAUCCUUCUAAGCAUGCACCGUGAACCAGGUUUGAAUUCGUCUACAAUUUCAACUACAGGACCAUCGUUCUACAUGAAAGAGCUACAGGACUUUCUGGCUCGCUCUUGGAGCUCCCAUAUUACACCGUUUGCAGACAAAUCGAUCAUCGAAGAAUCCAGUCAAAAUUUAGCAGCUCGAUGCAUAGAGCUGUUUGUUCAAAAUGUUACAAUAGUUCGACCCGUUUCCAACACUGGUCGACAAAGAUUGAAAUCCGACUGCCAACAUUUGGAAGUGGCUCUGAAACCAAUCAUUCCAGACCUUUCAACAGUUGGCAAAAGUUUUCGCUUAUUGAGGGCAAUUUCUUCACUACUUAUUGUUACCUCUGACGAACUUGUACGACAAACAUCCGGAGAAGGAGGCGUUGUACCGCCACACAUAGUUUUGUUUAUGUUGUUUAGUUUCGCGGGACCCGAAUUGGUAAGUCCACAUGAUACAAUCGGAUGGUCACAAGAAAAACUUAUCCAAUGGCUUGAGUCGCAUACUGCGGAACGGGAUCGAUUAGAACUCGUUACAGGAGCUCUGCAAAAGUACCGCACGGUCUGUCGACAAAAAAAUGUUACCCGCUACGAUGUUGUGUAUCCAAUUAUAUCAAACUAUCUUGAAGAAUCAUUGAAAUUGAUUGACAUUAACAAAGCAUAGCGUUAUUUAUUUUAUUUUUAACACAGCGAAAUAAAUUUAAUCAAGUAUACUAAACA